UCGAAAUUUCUUGUUUAAAUUAAACUAUAAAAUCCAUAAUUAUUUCUAAAAAAAAAAGCCCACGUCGCCCGUGAGCCUCACGUGACUAGGGUUUAGCCUUCCGCUCCAUCUUUAUAGCAUAUCUCUCCCCAACAGCAUCUAGCAGUCGCAGCACCAAAAUUAGGGUUUCAUUUCAAGAUCCCAACCCUCACCAAAUCUUCAACCAUGAGUAAGCUGCAGAGCGAGGCACUGAGGGAGGCGAUUGCGCAGAUUGUGAAGGAAGCGGUUGAGAAGAAGAGGAACUUUACGGAGACAAUUGAACUCCAGAUUGGUUUGAAGAAUUAUGAUCCUCAAAAGGAUAAGCGUUUCAGUGGCUCGGUUAAGUUGCCGCACAUUCCACGUCCUAAGAUGAAGGUUUGCAUGCUUGGUGAUGCUCAGCAUGUGGGAGAGGCGGAGAAAAUUGGUUUGGAAUCCAUGGAUGUUGAAGGCUUGAAGAAGCUUAAUAAGAACAAGAAGCUAGUGAAGAAACUUGCAAAGAAGUACCAUGCUUUUUUGGCUUCUGAAGCUGUCAUCAAGCAAAUUCCCCGUCUUUUGGGUCCAGGGCUCAACAAAGCAGGCAAGUUUCCGACCCUUGUUUCACACCAGGAGUCCCUUGAGUCUAAAGUCAAUGAGACCAAGGCAACUGUUAAAUUCCAGUUGAAGAAGGUACUUUGCAUGGGAGUUGCCGUUGGGAACCUCAGUAUGGAGGAAAAGCAGAUCUUUCAGAAUGUGCAGAUGAGUGUGAACUUCCUAGUCUCCUUGUUGAAGAAGAACUGGCAAAAUGUCAGGUGCUUGUACCUGAAGAGCACGAUGGGAAAGACUGUCCGCAUCUUUUAGAACAGUUUUCUUAUAUUGGGCACAAGAUGCUAUUCCUUCAAAUGAUAGGUGAAUGUUUUUAUGCUACCGGUUUAUUUUAGUGUCAUCUCAUGUGACAGUUGUAUUGUUUUGGAGUUAAAAUUGGAGCCUUGACUCUGCCAUCUACUUUGCUUAGACACGGUGGGCAUGUUUAUCUUUUUUUGAAGGUUACAGAGAGCAUGUUUCUGUCAA